AUGACACCUGCCAGUUUGGUGUUAGCCUGGCUCCUGCUCGCUGUGAGGACAGUCACCACUGCUGUGUAUCUGGAACCCGAGGAGGAGGAGCUCAAUGAAACUGUCCUCUGCACCAAUGACCAGAUGGAGGUGGUCAUUCCCAGUGCCUUCUUCCUCAAUAAAUUGCCACCCAUUUAUGUCUGGGAUUUGCACCUAAAUGACCCAGAGUGCCGUGGUGUUGAGAUUGAAGAUGACUAUGUCUUCAGCAUCAAGACUAAUCUCUCUGACUGUGGGACAAUCAUGGCAUCGGAUGAUACACACAUUAUGUUCAUUAACACUAUACGCAACAACGAUUUGGAUGUCAUCACAAGGAACUACAUAAACAUCACGUUUGUCUGCCGCUACCCAAUAAACUACAUGGUCCAGCAACCUAAUGGGGAAAACAUGAUCAGGGUGGAUGUCAAGAUGAUCACUCUGAACACGGAAGAUGGGAACUUCUCUGUGUCCAUGUUGCUAUAUAAAGACAAGGACUUUGAGGACAAGUGGACCACUGUUCCCUCACUGACACUGGAAGACAACAUCUACGUUAAAGUUUUCAUGAUACCGGCUCAUCUUUUGCUGCGUGUGGAGAGAUGCUGGGCUACCCCAACCAACGACCCGUAUAGCAACAUCCAGUACACCUUCAUUAAGGACAGCUGCCCCGUGUUGUCAAACGAACAGACGUUGACAGUGCUGAAGAAUGGACAGGGGCCAGAGGCUAUGUUCAGGAUACAAAUGUUCAAGUUCGUGGGCAGCUCUUACAAGGAUGUGUUUCUCCACUGCAAUGUUCAGAUCUGUCACAACACACCUGGGGUCUGUCAGCCUAACUGUUCUGUUGAGGAUAGCUCCAGGCGGAUGAGAAGAGAUGUUGCCAUGUCCCAUACAGUAUCUUAUGGACCAAUCAGGCGACGUCUGCCUGAGAGUGACCAACCCACUCUGAACUCUGGAGGUGUGCUUUCGGUGGAGACGUUUGUCCUGGGAGGACUGCUGGUGGUCCUACUGCUGAUCACUGGAGUGUUCGGGAGGCUGUGGCUGAGAACCAGACACUCUUACCCAGCACAGGAGGCUGCUCAGCUCACUCUGUCCAAUAUACACCACAUCUCAGAGGUAGCCUCCUAA